CGUCGCCUCAAAACCCGCACAACAAGUGGAUGUCGCGGGCGGGAGCGGGCUGAGCCGCUGCCCCUGGACGUGUUUCGGGGGAGGGGGGAGAGACGGCACGGAGCGACCCCGCGUCCCCCCGCCGCAGGGACCCGGCUCGGUGCGCGGAUUAUCCGGCGCUGAUUCACAAAUCUGCUGCGAGAGCCGGGCGCGGGGAAGGCUGGUGAUCGCGCCUGCCCGUUCAUCCCGCCUCACACACGCGCACACACACACACACACACACACACAGACACGCCGCCUUCGAUUCCCUCUGGGAACGAGACCCUCGCUUGUUGCCUUUCCGCCGAUGCCUGGGCGAGCAGCGGGGCUGUGGCUCUGCGCGCUGCCUCUGCCCCGCUCGCUCCCGCCGCCCGCGCUGCGCCCGGGAAGGAGGGACGGGAAUCACUCGCCAACCUGUGGUGCGCACUGACCACAGACACCUGCGAAUGUGGAUCAGCCGGCACAGCCCCCUCGGGACCGCUGCCACCGCGCCCGUGCACCGCCAGGAACAGCGUUGCUAUUUCUCUGCCUAGGACCAGUUAAGUGCUUCUUCUGCAUGACCAUAACCAAAGGGUGACCCAUCCACUCCCUUAUGUCCUAUGGGGACCUCAGAGCCAGUUUCUCAGUCUUCAUCUCCUCCUCCUCCUCCACCUCCUCCUCCUCCUCUUACCACUGCUGCUGAUGCCCUGGGUGCUGCUCCCAGGUUUGAGACAUUGUUGACAGGCUGAAGAAAGGAUUUGCAAAGACCUCCUCACUGUGUAAAUGAAGUGAUGGCUGGAAUUAACUUCAACUCCCCAAGUGAUGAUAUUAAACAGUAAGUUUGCUAGGCCAAAGUGUUACCGGGAACAAAUAAUGAGGAAAGAGACUAUUUGCAUUUGGUUGCAAUGAUGAACUAAAACCAUCUGUGGAGAACAGGUACCAUUUGAUUCGCACUUUUUUUUUCCCCUGACAAAUGCAGCCUUUAUAGCCUGUGAGGUAGACAUGAUUAUGAUCAGAUCUGUGAUAGCUGCAGGAGAUAAAUGAAAAUAAAGGGGCUUGGUGGAUGAAAUAACAAGGUCUCAGCUGUUCCCUGGUUCAAUUUGAGGAUCCCGUCUUUUCUUAUUAGCAAAACAGGAGUUUGUGUCAAACAUUCCAGAGAACGAGAAAAUGCAGACCUGUGCUUUUCCAAAACAUAGAUUCAGUGUUACAGCCACGCUGCCAUGCUCCACAUCCCGGGGACUGUCCUCCAAAUGCAAAUGGCUUUGAACUUUCUAGUGAAAGUUAAGGUUACGCUGUAAAUAGAACAAAGCCUUGUCGCAGUAAGUGAUUUAAAAAAAAAAAAUAAAAAAAAAAUAAAGCAGUUGCAAGAUGGAGGUGGCGAUGGUGAGUGCAGAUAGCUCGGGGUGCAACACCCACAUGCCCUAUGGAUACGCGGCCCAAGCCCGGGCACGGGAGAGGGAGCGGCUGGCACAGUCCCGGGCCGCCGCCGCCGCGGCCGUAGCAGCAGCGACGGCAGCAGUUGAAGGUGGGGCGGCAGGCGGGGGAGGACCUUAUCACCACUACCACCAGGAGCAGAGCCGAGGGGCGUCCUCCUCUCACGGCGGGAGCGCGUCACGCAGCGGCCUGCCCCACCGCCAGGGCGGGAAGAGGAGGAAGAAAGGGAAAAAGAGGAGCCACCACUUGGGGAGUAGGGAGUGCGGGGCCUCCUUUCCCUGCUCUGAGCUGCUGCCGCUCAGUGGUUCUGAGGAGAGGAUACUGAAGGACUUGAGUGAGGAGGAAGAGGAGGAUGAAGACGAGGACGAAGACGAUGAGGAAGAAGGAAAGCUCUACUACAGUGAUGACUAUGGGGAGGAUGAGUUUUCCUACUCAGACCAGCCACCCGAUGAUGGUGGAGGCCCUGGGGGUUACAGCUCUGUCCGCUACAGUGAGUACGAGUGUUGUGAGCGUGUGGUGAUCAACGUGUCAGGACUGCGCUUUGAGACCCAGCUGAAGACGUUAGCUCAGUUCCCAGAGACGUUGCUGGGCGAUCCGGCAAAGCGAGGGAGAUACUUUGAUCCUCUCAGGAAUGAGUACUUCUUUGAUAGGAACCGACCCAGCUUUGAUGCCAUCCUGUACUACUACCAGAGCGGUGGUCGGCUGAAGAGGCCAGUCAAUGUACCCUUUGACAUCUUCUCCGAGGAGGUGAAGUUCUACCAACUUGGGGAGGAGGCCAUGCUCAAGUUCAGGGAGGAUGAAGGGUUUGUCAAAGAGGAAGAGGACAAAGUUCUGCCGGAGAAUGAGUUUAAGAGGCAGGUCUGGCUGCUGUUUGAGUACCCGGAGAGCUCCACUCCAGCCAGAGGCAUUGCCAUUGUCUCUGUCUUAGUCAUCUUGAUCUCCAUCGUCAUCUUUUGUCUGGAGACUUUACCAGAGUUCAGAGAUGACAAGGAAUUCGUCAUGUCCCUGAGCUUAGGGAAGGGGCUUUCCAAUGAGUCACUCCACCUGAACGCUGGGGAGCACACCAUCUUCAAUGACCCUUUUUUCAUUGUAGAGACAGUGUGCAUCAUUUGGUUCUCCUUUGAGUUUACAGUGCGCUGCUUUGCAUGUCCGAGCAAAGCACACUUCUUCAAGAACGUCAUGAACAUCAUAGACAUUGUCUCCAUCUUGCCUUACUUCAUUACUCUGGGCACUGACCUGGCGCAGGAGCAGGGCAGUCAACAGGCCAUGUCCUUUGCCAUCCUGAGGAUCAUCCGUCUGGUCAGGGUGUUUCGCAUCUUCAAGCUCUCCAGGCACUCCAAGGGUUUGCAGAUCCUGGGUCACACGCUCAGGGCCAGCAUGAGGGAACUUGGCCUCCUCAUCUUUUUUCUUUUUAUCGGAGUCAUUUUGUUUUCCAGUGCUGUUUACUUCGCGGAAGCUGAUGAGCCUGCCACCCAUUUUCAAAGCAUCCCAGAUGCCUUUUGGUGGGCCGUAGUGACCAUGACUACGGUUGGUUAUGGGGACAUGAAACCCAUAACUGUGGGUGGGAAAAUAGUCGGGUCCCUGUGUGCCAUUGCGGGAGUGUUAACCAUUGCUUUACCAGUGCCAGUGAUUGUCUCCAAUUUUAACUAUUUCUACCAUAGAGAAACUGAGAAUGAGGAACAAACACAGAUGAUGCAAAAUGCAGUCAGUUGCCCUUACCUCCCAACAAAUUUACUGAAGAAAUUUAGAAGCGCAUCUUCUUCAUCCACAGAGGAUAAAUCAGAGUAUUUGGAGAUGGAAGAAGGAGUUAAAGAAUCUCUCUGUGUAAAGGAGAACAAAAGUCAGGACACGGGGAAUAGCAGUGAGUCAGAGAAGAAAAACUGUGUAAAUUCAAAUUCCGUGGAAACUGAUGUGUAAUUUUGAACGUUUCCAAAUACAUUUAUGCAUUAAAGAGCGCAGUGAAAAUAAUGAAAUAUGCAAACAAGAGUCUGCAGCAUACAGUAGUAUGCCAUUUAAUGGUUAAAUACAAAUAAAAAGCAUUGCUAAACAUGUAUUACAUAUCAAGGAAGUGGUAUGACUUGAGGUGAGGGUUGCUAGAUCUGAUACAUUCUCAGACUUUAUAUUUUUAUUAGAAUGCAAGUGUUUUGCACAUGAGGCUGAAAAAUUUAUUAAAACCAAGUCAGUUUUAAAGUGGGUGCAUGAACUGUCGACAUCACUAAUAACAGCUCUGUGGUAAAAGUUGGCAUUCAGAGGUAUUUACUAUGUAAGAAACAAUGAAGUUUGGUAGUCAUUUAUCUAUUUAUCAGUGCUUUAAUAGCAGCUACCAUAAAUCAUUGGAUACCAUAGUCAUUGUUUUUCAAAUGGUAAAUUUAUUGUAAAAAGAUAUUCUACAGAAGAUAGAUCUAAAUUUUUUUUUCCUGAAAUCUAUAAUGCUUGUUUUUAACUGGAAAUUUACUUUGAAAAGGCUGUUGACCCUCCAGAAAUUGUUUAUUUUUAUAACUCUCUUUGGAGGCAUUGCAGCAUUUGUUGUCUAAUAAUGAAAGAAAUGAAGUAAGAGAAUCAUUUAACCUGGUCUGACUGCAAAGGCAAAAUGACUGGAAUGCUUUUUUGCACUACUUUAUAUGCUGGAGAUAUAUUGAAAGAGACUUCAUACUGUGAAUGUUUACUAAUGUAAUAGUUCAAUGACAAUCAUUGGAAGAGUGAAUUCUGCAUCAUAUUUUAUUGUUUCUUUUUUCUUUGUGAUGCUGAUGGCAAAAUAGCUAACAUUACAUGAAUUCCAUACUCUUUUUGAUUAUGAAUAUCUGUGAUCUGGAAAAGGAUUGUGAAGUAAAAUUUUAUAAUCAAAAA